GUCGUUGCGGGUUUUUUAAGGCGAACACACAGCCCUGAAAGAAAACCGGAGACAAACACAAACAAUUCACCAAACCGAAUUCCGGCUAACUGGAAAACGUUCUUUUGAAAGCCAAAACAAAAAAUAAAAAUCAUAACAACUGUGAAAAACUUUUCAACGUCUAAAAAAGCCUCUAAAAAACAUACAAAAAUUCAAGAAAUACAUUUUUUUCCGCCUUUUUGUUUCUGUGCUCUGUGAACAUUAAAACUCAAGUAUAAAAAAAUCGCAAAUAGAAAUCUGCCGAAUGUCAGAAAUUUAUCAGCUCUGAAUUCGCGAGGGAAAACUAAUCCAAGUCAAAAUUACAGUAGAAUGCAUUCCUAUUGAGGAGCAGGACCACUAGCGCCACCAUAUUGAUCGCGAAAAAUGCCAGAUUUGCCAGCCGCACCUGAGAACUAGGAGCGCCAGGGGAAUCCUGUCGAGAAACCAUCGCCCACGAGAUGGACAACUACACGGACGCACUGUACCAGUACCGCUUGGCCCCGUCCGCCAGCCCGGAAAUGGAAGUGGAUCUGACAGAUCCCCGGCAGCUGGGCCGCGGCUUCCAUCUGCCCACCAACGAGUCGCAGCUGGAGAUUCCCGACUACGGGAACGAGAGCCUGGACUAUCCCAACUAUCAGCAGAUGGCCGGCGGCUCCUGCCGCAUGGAGGACAACAACAUCAGCUACUGGAAUCUCACCUGCGACUCGCCAUUGGAGUACGCCAUGCCGCUAUACGGCUACUGCAUGCCCUUCCUGCUGAUCAUCACCAUCAUCUCGAACUCCCUGAUCGUGCUCGUGCUGAGCAAGAAGAGCAUGGCCACGCCCACCAACUUCGUGCUGAUGGGAAUGGCCAUAUGCGAUAUGCUGACGGUUAUCUUUCCGGCACCGGGUCUCUGGUAUAUGUACACAUUCGGCAAUCAUUAUAAGCCCCUGCAUCCGGUCUCCAUGUGUCUGGCCUACAGCAUUUUCAAUGAGAUAAUGCCAGCCAUGUGCCACACCAUCUCCGUUUGGCUAACUCUGGCCCUCGCCGUUCAAAGAUACAUCUACGUUUGCCACGCCCCCAUGGCCCGGACAUGGUGCACGAUGCCGCGGGUGAGGCGGUGCACUGCAUACAUCGCCCUGCUGGCGUUCCUGCACCAAUUGCCCAGGUUCUUCGACAGGACGUACAUGCCGCUGGUAAUCGAGUGGAAUGGUAGCCCAACGGAGGUGUGCCACCUGGAGACGGCGCUGUGGGUGCACGACUACAUUGGGGUGGACCUGUACUACACGAGCUACUAUCUGUUCCGGGUGCUGUUCGUCCACCUGCUGCCCUGCAUCAUCCUGGUGACUCUGAACAUUCUGCUAUUCGCGGCGAUGCGGCAGGCGCAGGAGCGCCGGAAGCUGCUGUUCCGGGAGAACCGGAAGAAGGAGUGCAAGAAGCUGAGGGAGACCAACUGCACCACGCUGAUGCUCAUCGUGGUGGUGUCGGUGUUCCUUCUGGCCGAGAUACCCAUUGCCGUGGUCACCGCGAUGCACAUCGUCAGCAGCCUGAUCAUCGAGUUCCUGGACUACGGCCUGGCCAACAUUUGCAUCAUGCUGACGAACUUCUUCCUGGUGUUCAGCUACCCGAUUAACUUUGGCAUCUACUGCGGCAUGUCGCGCCAGUUUCGGGAGACCUUCAAGGAGAUAUUCCUGGGCCGGCUGAUGGCCAAGAAGGACAGCUCCACCAAAUACUCGAUCGUCAAUGGCGCCCGCACCUGCACCAACACCAACGAGACGGUCCUCUAGUAAUUGGUGAUGUUGGUGCCGCGGCGGGGCAGCAGCGACCAUCGUCGCAGCUCCACCAGCACCACCACCACCAAGACCAUUGGUGGCUCAAUGAUCAUCGGUGGUGAGGCCUCAGCGCAGCACCAACAUCUGGUAACGCACCACCUGCAGACCCACUCGCAGUCCAGUCAGCAGCGGCGGGUCAGCACCAUGGACAUCAUCACCGAGGAGCGGAUUGUGUAGACUGGGUUCGGAAUCGAUUGGGUACGGCUAUCGGACAAUUUGGAGAUCGGUAAAUUGGAGAUCCCAUGUCCUGUUGAAAAUAACCGGCUGUCCGCAGAGGGCGCAAUUUAAAAUACAAUUCU